AUGGAUCUACGACUUGAAGCUUGCUUUGCCUUUGUCAAGGAUAAUCGACGUCGCGAAGUCACGAGAGAGGAACGGCUCGACAUCCUUCGCUUGCACGCUUGGUUUCGCAGUCAGGGUGUAGCCGCCGCGUCCAAGACAGUCGCUGAGGCACUCGGCCGCAGCAUGCACGUUGUCCAGGACGUUUGGCGGGAGUACCAACAAAGCCAGACUGUUACCGCAUUAGCACCACCGGCAAACCAUUACGCACACAUAACAACAGUGCCGCGUACCAAGCGUGUCGCUGAGAUGGUCCAAGCGUUUGUCCGUGACCGCCGGUCCACCCGCACCAGAACUACGGCGACCGACGUGUCAAACUACCUCCGUGAGAUGAGCAUCCUGGAGUACGAACCCAAUGACAAGAAGGAGUUCGCGGCUGCACUACGAAGCGUCCAACGCUACCUGCAGGCCCAAGGUUACAAGGCGAACGCCCUUGCCCGGGACGUGUACGUCCGCAAGAUGCAGGCCCUGGUUGACGCGCCGGACGGCCCCCAUGUCGUGUACACUGAUGAGUCCUACAUCGAUCACCACCAAGCCAUCUACGACCCGUCCGACACGAUGGACCUGCCAUCAAAGGAGAAGCACAUGGGACGUCGCUACUGCUUCGUCGCUGCCAUUCUGGACUCACCCACGCUGGAAAGCAAGGACAUGGCCAUCGACAUUUUCACGGGUGGCAAGUCGACAGCGAAGCAGCCCAAGGACUACCACGGCAUGUUUGACACCGAGUACUACGUGGCAUGGUUUGGGCGGCUGCUCGACGAUAUGGAUGAAGGUGGGAUCACGAAUACGUUGAUUGUGCUCGACAACGCUAAGUACCACAAGUCGUUGCCCAAGACUACCCCAACGAGUGGCCGCCGCAAGGGUGUCUUGGUCGACGCGUGUCGAGCGUACGGCAUCCCAACGAGCGGGCAUGAGCACAAGAGUGAGCUCUGGGGACUGUUGGCGACGCACAUCCGAGCCCACGUGAAACCUAUCAUCACGGACAUGGCCGAAAGUCGUGGCCACAGCAUCGUGUUUACUCCUCCUCAUCACUCAGAUUUACAGCCCAUAGAAUAG